AUGGACAUCACAACCAUCUUGAACAGAAAAGGUUCUACCGCUAUGGUUGCCGGAGAAUCACCAUUUGACCAACAACAGUUUGUGUCAAACCAUAGCCUGGAGAACAACUCGCCCAAAAUGAAACCGGAGCCCGGGAUCUCGGAAUCUGGCGAUCAGCCGGUCCUGUCGUAUCCGCCCCAUGCGCCCCUCGGUCAGGUGUCCGGUAUGCAGCAAGACAUGCGCUACUCGCAACCCCAUCAGACCCCCGCAUUGCCGCUUCUGCAGAACCCGACCGAGCCUCCUCCCAAGACAUUCCACUGCUCGACCUGCAACAAAGGGUUUGCCCGCCGCAGCGACCUUGCCCGUCAUGAACGAAUCCACACCGGCGUCAGGCCGCAUGCUUGUGAUUGGCCAGGCUGUGGGAAGCAGUUCAUCCAGCGCUCCGCCUUGACGGUACACUCGCGUGUCCACACGGGCGAAAAGCCGCACAUGUGUGAAAGAUGUGGCAAGCCCUUCAGCGAUUCGUCUUCCCUGGCUCGACACCGCAGGAUCCACUCGGGCAAGCGGCCGUACAAAUGCCCGUAUGCGAAUUGCCAAAAGACCUUCACGCGUCGCACUACCUUGACGCGCCAUCAAAACCACCACACGGGCACUAUCGAAGAAGCCGCCGCAGAGACGGAAGCCAAUCUGCGACAAAACAAGGAGAGGGGAAGGAUGCCGGGAGAUAGCAUGUUCCCCGACACCGACUCGGUUCAUUCCACCCCGUCACCGGCACACCAUCCUAUCUCGCCGGGUGGCGAGCUUCCACCGUUGAACAUGCCUCGCCAAGAUUACUACAUGGGGAACGGAUCGAUCCCGCCUCAUGUUCGCGGCGAUUUUGUUCAACCCAGUCCGCGAGCCUCCCCCACGGCUACAUCGCCCUCGCUGUCCACCUACAGUAACCCGCACCCUCGACCGUCCAUGACCUCGCAUCCGAGUGCCUACGCUCCGCCGCAGCCUCUGGAGCCGCCUGCCAACAACGACCACCGGCCGAACAGCGUCAGCGGAAGCCCGCACAUGACCAGUCUGGGCUGGGCGUCCCCGUCGCACGGGAGCAUCCCUUCUCCGGGAUCCGCGAAUGACUACGCGCCGUACCCGGAUUCGGGCGGAUCGACGUAUGCGAGCUCGAUGCCUCCUCACAUGUACUUUCCCAACUCCACGAUCCGACGGCCUACCAGCACCGAGCCCGAGAACUACGAGAUGAGGCCCCGACUGGGCGAAAGCCCGUGGUCUACGCCCGUCUAG